AUGUCUGAUGCCCUCGAGUGGCUCAUUGAGCAUGAGCAGGGGUUUCGAAAAGCACGCAUACCAGCCCUCUACUCCGACUUUCGUGGCCUUCGCUCUACCAACCCGGAUGGAUACCAAGCCAACAUCUCCGCCUGGAGGCGUGGCCUCGCCGGCCUCGUUCGCGCUGGCCUGGCACCCAGCGGGUCCGGCUCGUCGCCCAACCCCAACCACGUUGUCUUGAAAGCCGACGAGUCGUUGCUACGAGCCCUAGAAAGCAAGCAGUACGGUCGACCACUAGCCCUCGGCGCUGUCAUUCGCGAGGCGACACAAGAGAGAGAUCUCAUACCGAUACAGGAUUUCUUGAAGGCGAACGAGAGCAUAUACCACAAACCCUGGAGCUCAAUACCUUGGAGUAUCGCCUCAUGGGGCUUCAGACAUUUGGGCCUGACUAGCGCGUUCACUUUUGGUGGAGAUGAGAGGCUACCGGGUGGGCAGUUCGUGGUCGUCGCGAACGUGGAGGCUGCCUCUAAGGCCGUACUUGAGCAGACGUCGGGGCUGACCUCGCGGUUUGAAAGGACAUUUUCGAAAGUGCAAUUCCAGAUGGAAUUCAAGGAUUCAAUAUUGAAGGGCCAGCAGUUGUCUGAGACGGAUAUGGAGGUCCUGCUACGGUUUAUGUCAAGGGAUCAGGGUGUGCUACUCUACGAUGGGAAGACGGUCAAGAUCAGGAACCCUGACGACCAAGAGUCGGCGAUCACCACAGAGGACGAGACGAUAGCAUCGCUCAGGGAGCUUGCGGAGUACCUGAACCAUCAGACGACAGUAUUGAACAACAAGAUCGAGGAGCUCACGGUGGCGGCAAGAGAUGCGGUGGCUAAGAAGAAUCGCGUCUCGGCCAUGGCAGCUUUGAAGUCGAAGAAGCUGGCAGAAUCAUCUCUGCAGCAGCGGUUCGCCACGCUCAGCCAGAUCGAGGAGGUUUCGGCCAAGAUCGAGCAGGCAUCGGAUAACGUGCAAUUGGUGAAGGUCAUGGGCGCGAGCACGGAAGUCCUGAAAACCUUGAAUGCACAAGUCGGAGGUGCUGAAAGAGUGGAAGAGGUGGUGGACCGCAUGCGCGAGCAAAUGGGCCAGGCUGAUGAGCUGAACAACAUACUUGCAGAACAAGGACCGGUGGUCGACGAGGAGGAGAUUGACGACGAGCUCGAGGCUAUGUUGCAGGAGCAGACGAACAAGGAAGACGAGCUUGAGCGGUCAAGGAAGGAGGCCGCGGAGCAGAAAGAAGCGGAGAACAUUGCGAGGAGGCUUGCAAGCCUGGAUGCUCCGCAAGCAAUCACGAACGAGGGCCAGGAGGCUGACAGACUCUCAGGGGAGAUGAGUAAAAUGUCGCUAAAGGACGAGCCCCAGAAACAGGAGGCGAGCUAA